UUUUAUUUAAAAAUUAUUAAAAAGUUUUUAAGAUUAGGGAGUGUUACUGAUGAAGUCAAUUUCAUCAAAAUCAUUUUUAAGUUACCUUUCAAGGAAUCCCUAAGCCUUUCAUCAUGGAUACCAUUAAAUAACCUUGUGCAGAAUGUGUAUGUGUAUGUGACAGCCGAUGCGUAAUUUUGAACAGCCUAGGUGUUAUCCGAUUUGUUUGGGAGUUCUUUCACAUUUCUUCUAUCCAAUUUUUGCUGUGUGAAGUGCUAGUGCGAAGUUCAACGUUGUCAAAUGUAAUUGUUGACGUAGGUGUGCGACUGCGUGUUCACGUCUCUUGUGUUUCUCAAUUUCAUGAACGAUUGUUUCGGUAAACUUAUGCCGUUUUACAUAACUUAUACAUCGACGUGAUAGUUCUAUCUGAUAUGGAUGACGAAGUUUUGACUACCUUAAAAAUUUUAAUUAUUGGCGAAAGCAAUGUUGGAAAAUCAAGCUUAUUGUUGCGAUUUACUGAAGAUAUGUUCAACCCAGAACAACAGCUCACAAUUGGAGUUGAUUUUAGGACUAAAAAAAUUACUGUUGAUGGAAAUACAGUAAAAUUGGCGAUUUGGGAUACUGCUGGUCAGGAACGUUUUCGAACUCUCACGCCCAGUUAUUAUAGAGAUGCCCAAGGAGCUAUCCUUGUUUAUGAUGUUAGCAAUGUUAAAACUUUUAAUAAACUGGAAACCUGGCUGAAUGAAUUGGAUACACAUUCAACUAAGAGCAAUAUUGUAAAAAUGGUGGUUGGAAACAAAAUAGACAAGGAACAUCGGGAAGUAAGUCGUGAAGAAGGGAUGAAGUUUGCACGCCGACACGCGACGCUUUUUAUUGAAUCAAGUGCAAAAACCAGGGAUGGUGUUCAGUGUGCCUUUGAGGAGUUGGUACAAAAAAUCAUUCAAAUGCCUGGACUCUGGGAACGUCAUGGUGACGCCAUCCAGGUUUCAGAGGAAGAUGCUGGUGCAGUUCCAAGUUGUGUUGGAUGGAAGUGCAGUGUGAUUUAAUUUGAGAGAGAUUGGUAGAUAAAUUUGGAACAUCUAAAUAGUGUAUUGUGAUGGGUACUCUUAAACAUAUGUAUCAAUUUACAUGAUACUUGCUGUUUCAUAUACUUUAAUUUAUUUGUAUAAUUCAUCUAUGUUUCCCCAAAAUGUGUCGUGUCUACGGAAAUAUGCAAUGUAAAUAUUUUGCAUAACUUAAUUUCAGAAUGUUACCAAAAAUAUCUUUAAGAUAGAAUAUUGUGAUAUGUUAAAAUGCAUAUAGUAAUUGAAAUUUACUAACCAAACAUAUAGGUAAAAAAGGUUUAUGAUAUAAAAUGAAAUGUUACAUAAGCUAUGAAUAAUUUAUUUUCACAUUUCUCACAAACUGACAGUAAUCCACGUUAAUUCAGUUUUGUGAAAAAAAACAUUUAAUGUGCAUAAAACAUUUACAUUGUAUUAUUAUUAUUGUUAUGGUUCUUAUUACUCUGGCAGGUUAGUAUUGUAGAAGAGAUGCAUUCUACUGUGAAAGUGUACAAUGAUUCUCAUUUUUAAUACUCUUUUGCUAUUCCCUGAUUUACAAUGCAUAAUAUAAUAAUUGCAUGCCCUUACUGUGGACAGUUAUCAAGUCCAGCGCACAGAUGUGUGUUUGUUAUAAUGUUUAUGCUUUUGUUAGCAAUGUGACUUGUGGAUUGCCAUAUCAUCAACUGUAAGAGUAAUUCGCAUAAAAUGUAAUAAAUUGAUAUGACAAUGGCAGACUAUAUUUUAUUACAAUAAUUGAUUAUUAUUUUCAAUAAAAGUUGUUUAAUUUCAUGUAUGUAUGAAUAUACGGAAUAAUGUACAGUAGAGAAAGUUAUGUAAUGCUGCAAAAUAUUGAUUUUGAGAUUUCUAUGGAAAUACACAUUUUGGGGGUAUCUGAUACCAAGAUAGUGUUUUUGUUUUUUUCCAAAAUGAAUAUUUCCCAGUCAAUCAAGCCCCACAUGAAGCUCUGAGAUUUUGAAAUAGAUUCUUGGAGUUUUAGGAAUACUUUUCCUAAAGCCCCUAGGACAUUUUCAAAAUUUUCACAAAAACGGCUUAAAAUUUUUUAAAAAUAAUUCUUGUGGUUGUUGCAGAGGCUUCAAUACCCCCAGAAAUUAUUGAAUGUUUUUCAGAAUCGUAGAGCUUCAAGUGAGGCCAGAUCAACAGGGGUGUAUUCAGUUUGAAAAAUCCUUGUCUUCGUUUAGGUGGUCUUACUGUUGUUCACAGACAUAGGUUUUGAAAAAAGCUUCUUUUUCAUUGUCAAGUACCUCGAAUUUCUGAUAUCUGGCUACAUGUUGUAUUAGGGGUAAUAGUUUACUACUUUAUUAGAACAGGAUUUAUCCACUUUCUCUGUAUCAGAGCCACACAAUGUGAGUUUUUCUGUUGAAAAAUUGCCAGUUUAGUAUUACAUAACAUAAUUAGUAUUAC